AGAUCAAACACGUAGCAAUUGAGUCUGUAGUGGAUUCUUGAGUCUUGACCAGACAGACAGUCGACACCGAUUUCUCAGUUGAAUUAGCAAAUCGAAGCAAGUAUGGAAAGCAGCAGGGGACAGAAUGGAAUUCAACAACUGCUAGCUGCUGAACAAGAAGCCCAGCAAAUUGUUCAUGCUGCCAGAAAUGCAAAAAUGGUUAGAUUGAAGCAAGCUAAAGAAGAAGCCGAGAAAGAGGUUGCUGAGUUUCGUGCCAGAAUGGAAGCUGAAUUUCAGAGAAAACUUGCAGAGAGCAGUGGAGAUUCAGGUGCUAAUGUGAAGCGUCUUGAGCAAGAGACAGAGGCAAAGAUCCAUCACCUAAAGAACGAGGCUGCAAGAAUUUCACACGAUGUCGUACAAAUGCUUCUGAAAUAUGUGACAACCGUGAAGAGCUAAGAUCGCCAAGAAGCUUUGAUGAACUAUAAAAUGCUUGAAUACUCUCCCUUUUUCAGUCUGUAUUUUUUGAAGUGAGAAUGAUUAUUGCGUGGUAACGAAAUUGAGAUGCGUUUUGUUAUGACAUGUAUGCUUAUUAGUUGUAUUGGUUGAUUAUGUUGUACUAUGAUUAACACAAUAAAAGGCAACUUAUGCUGUUUGUUCCAAUGAAUAAAAAGUUGGUACCUCUUGUUAUUAGUACUUUACUGGCAU